GUCCCUUCCCCUUCCUCGUCCUCUCUCUCUCUCUCUCUCUCUCUCUCUCUCUCGUUUCCUCAUACUCAGAAAGCAGAAGAAUCGGAGACACACUCUGUUCUCCAAUUCUCAUGGAUAACAAGUCCAAGAUCAGAACAGUCUGUAUUCUUCCCCAAUUCCUCUUCCUUUUCUUCCUCCUUUCCGAAGCCAAAUCCAACCCCCUCAAACCCCAAGCUUUCGAAUCCUUCAAUGUCAGCUACAUUCAGAAUCUGGCAUCCACCUGUUCUUAUACGGUGAUUAUCACAACCAGCUGUUCUUCCAACAGAUACACCCGGGAUCAGAUCAGUAUUGCUUUUGGUGAUGUUUACGGCAAUCAGAUAUAUGCACCGAGGCUUGAUGAUCCAUCGACAAGAACAUUUGAACAAUGUUCUUCGGAUACCUUUGAGAUACAUGGCCCAUGUGCAUAUCAGAUCUGUUAUGCAUAUCUCUACAGAACUGGACCAGACGGCUGGAAGCCAGAGAGUGUCAAGAUUUAUGGUUAUGAUUCAAGGGCUGUUACGUUUUACUAUAAUACCUUCGUCCCCAGUGAUAUUUGGUAUGGGUUUAAUUUGUGCCAUAGCUCUUCGUCUGUGCAUAGCCAGAGUAGACACAGAUGGUCAAUAUCUGUAAUUCUUGGCUUUGUUCUCAGUGCAAUCAUAAUCUUGUAAUAAUCAUUUCAGCUUUCAUUUGUUCUGCCACUUUCUAGUUUAGGCCUUGGUGAAUUAUUUGCAUUUGAACAUAUAACAGAACAAUUAUGUACAAGCAUUGGCAUUUUCUUAUAUACUUGCUCAGGUUCUUGCUUUGAGAUAUUAGCCUUUUGUGGCAUAGGAUGUGGAUUUUUAACCUAUAUAUCUUUGGUUAAGUAUUUGUAUUUAUUGUUCGCAAGACUAAUGACACCAC